AUGUGGCUAUUAUUCCACCACAAUCUCCAAUCGAUCAUGAAGCGAAACCACGACGACAGCUUUCUCAAAAUCGAAGCAGUUAAAGUCGUCGAACGGGAAGUCCGUUUCGAUUCUCAUUAUCUCAAGAGAUUGUUCCCCAAUAUCAAUUGGGAAACCCUAGUCUACGCAUCAAAGACAUUGGGAUACCACGAGCUCGCUGAGGAAACCCCCGACGCGUCGUUUCUCGAUUCCGAAGAUUUUCUGAAGAAAUUCCACCACGCACUCUUUGAGCUCCGCCUCCAGGAAGGCGCGAUGGUUUGCGCUCAGAGAGAUCGCAGGUUUCGUAUUGAAGCUGGGCGCGUUAAAGUAGAGAUGACAACUGUCACUUGUAUAAAUUGCGGAUUUGAGAUGCUGCCAAGUGAUGAUGCUUCAGCGAGCAAGAGAAAAUAA